GUUACUGGUCAGCCAUGCUUGUCACCAAUAUGUCUGCCUCCAACAACACUCCAACCGAUAUUUUCUCUCGAAUAUUGCACGCAUUCCCUAUUCUAAACGAAAAGUCGUAUGUAUACCAUAACCUCUACUGCUGUAGUUGAGUACAUCAGGAGAAUGUACGAUACAAAACGAAUGCACAGACGAAGAAUUCACGGAGAUAAUCAACGAGGCGAAGGCGUUAAACCUGACGCAUUUAAUCAAACGAAUGGUUAUUUUUCACGUAGAAAAACACAUUCGUACAAAUGUGGCUCCUGUGUUUUGGAAGAAAUUUAUGGGUACCGUUGAUGGACAACAAGGCUUUGAUAAUUUCAAAUGUGCAGUGGAUGGACUCUAUACCCACGUAACUGAAUUUUUACCGGUAUUGAAGAAAUUGGAGUAUCUCACGCAACAGGAGACUUCUACGCCAAUCGGAAACGAUAUACUUGGUCAGUUCAAGCUGAUUGUACGCUCUACGUUGUUAAGUCAACUGCCGCUUCAUUACGAACACAUUGUAAAGCAAUUCUAUAAAAUUGCGUUCAAUGUAUUUUGUUGUACAGACAACUCCAUGCACGGAACUACGACUAGCGAUUCUACUCAGUGCAUAGGUUGCCACCAGGAGAUAGAAAAAUGUUGCUGUCAAAUGAUAGUGAUCAUGUUUCACGAAACGAACAGGAAACUGAUUGAAUUGGAGCUAUUGGAAAGACUAGUGGGUAACGUUCUUACAUCACUGAUCCACGUACAUAUAAAGAACCACGUGAAUCAAUCUUGCGAUAAAACGUUCGAUGUAUCGCAGUUAGAAUCGCUAGAAAAUUGGCUCGAAACAGUUGUCAUGAGUUGGUUAUUAAGAGUAUACUCCGGUGGCUUUUCGAAGACUGUGUCCCUAAGCGAUGAAACUCGUAACACUAUAGACAAAUUCAAACAAAAAUUGACCUAUUUUUUGUACGAGACGUACACAAGAUUCAGAAUCGAACAACUCUUCGAUAUCAUAAUAGAGUAUCCUGAUUCUCAGCCAGCGAUAGACGAUCUGCAUAUCUGUCUGCAACGAACGGACUUGCGAAAGGUUUUGGUAGAGAGCCUGCAGGAAGCAUUGAAAACAAGAUUGUUGCAUCCAGGUGUGAACACAUCGGAUAUACUGACAGCUUACAUCGCAGCCAUAAGAGCAUUAAGGCAAUUGGAUCCUACGGGAGUCCUUCUCGAAACCAUAACAGAACCCAUCAAAGUUUACUUGAGGACUAGAGAAGACACAGUGCGCUGCGUUGUGAGUGAUCUACUCGAUGAUUCCCCCAGCGAUCUGGCAGAUGAGUUAGUCAAAGGCGAAUCUCUCCAAUUGGAUGAUUGUUCUGGCGACGAAGAAAAUGAGAAUUGGGACAAGUGGAUGCCUGAUCCUGUCGAUGCUGAUCCUGGUAUGUAUAGAUAUGAAAAGAUUAUGUAUUACAUAUUGUAUGCGAUACGAAUUUGUUCCUUUUCUUCAGCGAAAUCAGCGCAGCGUAGAAUGUCAGAUAUAAUCUCGAUGUUGGUGAAUAUAUAUGGAAGCCAGGAUUUAUUUGUAAACGAAUAUCGAACCUUAUUGGCUGAUAGAUUACUAUCUCAAUUAAAUUAUCAUACAGAAAGGGAAAUUCGCUACUUGGAGUUAUUGAAGAGGCGUUUCGGAGAGAAUCAGCUUCACUACUGCGAAGUCAUGCUGAAAGAUGUGUACGAUUCUAAGAGAAUAGAUGGAUAUAUACAAUCGGACACUAAUUAUAGUCUGAAGAAGGAGCAAUUCCCUACGUCUGCUUUGAUUCUGUCUGCGCAAUUUUGGCCUCCGUUCAAGGAAAACUGGAAGCUGGAGUUACCCAAGUUUGUGCAGAAUCAGUUGCAGAAAUAUGUGAAAGCGUUUGAAACUUUGAAGGGAAACAGAACGCUUUGUUGGAAACCUCAUCUUGGAAAUGUUACGCUGGAGAUUGAAUUGAAGGAUAGAAAGUUGGAUAUAAAUGUGACUCCGAUACAUGCUACUAUAAUCUUACAUUUCCAGGACAAAAAAGAAUGGACUUUGGAAGAGCUCGCAGAAGUCAUGCACGUACCAGCAACCGUGCUCAGGAGAAAGAUAACUUUUUGGGUAUCGCAAGGUCUUCUGAAAGAAAGCUCUAAUGAUACUUUCAUAUUGCAAGAGGAAAGCACAACGAAGAACAGGACUCUGUCAGACAUUGUCGAAGAAGAGGAAGUUGAAAGUGCAAUGGCCUCUGCGAGUGAUCAGAGAGAGGAGGAAUUGCAAGUGUUUUGGUCUUAUAUCGUUGGGAUGCUGACCAACUUGGACUCGAUGCCUCUGGAAAGGAUUCAUCAGAUGCUGAAAAUGUUUGCAUCGCAAGGUCCAGGAGCAAUGGAAUGCGGUCUCCCUGAAUUGAGGCAAUUUCUUGAUAGGAAAGUUAGGGAACAUCAACUACUAUUCUCAGGUGGCCUAUAUCGACUACCAAAAUCGUGAACUUUUACUU